CGAGAGGAGGCCGGAGGCGAGCGCGGGGCCGGCGGUGGGCCCGCAGGGCCGCUGGCAGCCCGCAGGGAGAGCGCGAGCCAGCAGCCGGGGCCUGGCCGGGCGUCCAGACAGGUGAUCCGUGGCGCGGCGGCGGCCCCAGCCUCCCUCCGGAGUUCUUCUCGGGGGCCGAUGCCCGCAAAUAUGCAGAAUUACCGGCCGGGUCGCUCCUGAAGCCAGCGCUGGAGAACGAGCGCGGCGGCGGCCAGCACCGGGAACGCACCAAGGAAGAAGCCCAGCCCCCGCCCUCCGCCCCUUCCGUCCCCACCCCCUACCCGGCGGCCCAGGAGGCUCCCAGCGCGACGGGCGCGCACUCCGUUCCUCCUCCUCCUCCUGGCUGGCGCUGCCUGCCUCUCCGCACUCGCUGCUCGCGCCGGGCGCGCUCUGCCAGCUCCUUGCUCCCCGCGCCACCCUCCUCUGGGCCGCGCUCCCUAAGGGAUGGUACUGAAUUUCGCCGCCACAGGAGCCCGGCUGGAGCGCCCGCCCCGCGGCCUCGCCUCUCCGCCGAGCCGCCAGCGCCUCGGGACGCGAUGAGGACCUGGGCUUGCCUGCUGCUACUCGGCUGCGGAUACCUCGCCCAUGCUCUGGCCGAGGAAGCCGAGAUCCCCCGCGAGGUGAUCGAGAGGCUGGCGCACAGUCAGAUCCACAGCAUCCGGGACCUCCAGCGACUCCUGGAGAUAGACUCCGUAGGGAGUGAGGAUGCUUUGGACACCAGCUUGAGAGCUCACGGGGUCCAUGCCAUCAAGCAUGCACCUGAGAAGCGGCCCCUGCCCAUUCGAAGGAAGAGAAGUAUUGAGGAAGCCGUCCCCGCUGUCUGCAAGACCAGGACGGUCAUUUAUGAGAUUCCUCGGAGCCAGGUUGACCCCACGUCCGCCAACUUCCUGAUUUGGCCCCCGUGUGUGGAGGUGAAGCGUUGCACCGGCUGCUGUAACACCAGCAGCGUCAAGUGUCAGCCCUCCCGCGUCCACCACCGCAGCGUUAAGGUGGCCAAGGUGGAAUACGUCAGGAAGAAGCCAAAAUUAAAAGAAGUCCAGGUGAGGUUAGAGGAGCAUUUGGAGUGCGCCUGUGCGACCACCAGCCUGAAUCCGGAUUAUCGGGAAGAGGACACGGGAAGGCCUAGGGAGUCAGGUAAAAAACGGAAAAGAAAAAGGUUAAAACCCACCUAAAGCAGCCAACCAGAUGUGAGGUGAGGAUGAGCCGCAGCCCUUUCCUGGGACAUGGAUGUACAUGGCGUGUUACAUUCCUGAACCUACUAUGUACGGUGCUUUAUUGCCAGUGUGUGGUCUUUGUUCUCCUCCGUGAAAAACUGUGUCCGAGAACACUCUGGAGAACAAAGAGACAGCGCACAUUUGUUUAAUGUGACAUCAAAGCAAGUAUUGUAGCACUCGGUGAAGCAGUAAGAAGCUUCCUUGUCAAAAAGAGAGAGAGAGAAAACAAAACCACAAAACAUGACAAAAACAAAAUGGACUCACAAAAAUAUCUAAACUCGACGGGAUGGAGGGUCGCUCCUGCAGGAUGGAAGUGCAGAGAUCUCAGCAGACUGGAUUUCUGUCUGGGUGGUCACAGGUGCUUUUCUGCCGAGGAUGCAGAGCCUGCUUUGGGAAUGACUCCAGAGGGAUGCUGGCGGGCUCUGCAGGGGCACACAGAAAGCAGGAAUGUCUCGGAAACUGCCACGCGAACUUUAGAAACCACACCUCCUCGCUGUAGUAUUUAAGCCCAUACAGAAACCUUCCUGAGAGCCUUAAGUGGAUUUUUUUUUUUUUUUACACCAUAAAGUGAUUAUUAAGCUUUCCUUUUUACUCUUUGCCUAGCUUUUUUUUUUUUUUUUAAUUAUCUCUUGGAUGACAUUUACACCGAUAACACACAGGCUGCUGUAACUGUCAGGACAGUGCGACGGUAUUUUUCCUAGCAAGAUGCAAACUAAUGAGAUGUAUUAAAAUAAACAUGGUAUACCUACCUAUGCAUCAUUUCCUAAAUGUUUCUGGCUUUGUGUUUCUCCCUUACCCUGCUUUAUUUUUAAUUUAAGCCAUUUGGAAAGAACUAUGCGUCAACCAAUCGUAUGCCGUCCCUGCGGCACCUGCCCUAAAGCCCCUGUUUGUGGCUGAGUGACACCUUGUUCCCCGCAGCGCUCACCUAGAAUGCUGUGCUCCCACAUGGCACGUGCGAUGCAUUACCACUUCUGUGUUGUCGAUGUGCCCUGGUGCCGUGGUGGCAGUCACUCCCUCUGCUGCCAGUGUUUGGACAGAACCCAAAUUCUUUAUUUUUGGUAAUAUAUUGUGCUUUAUGUGUAUUAACAGAAAUGUGUGUGUGUGGUUUGUUUUUUUUGUAAAGGUGAAGUUUGUAUGUUUACCUAAUAUUACCUGUUUUAUAUACCUGAGAACCUGCUAUGUUCUUUUUUUGUUGAUCCAAAAUUAAAAAAUACCACCAACAAAACCCA